CUGGUUAUCGAGUUCCCAGACGGGAGUAUAUGGAAAAGCAGCACCAGAGGAUUUCACCGCUGAUUAUGAGCACUGGAAACGUGUAGUGACCAAAUCGUACCUUAAAGGUUUAGGAAUCAACUGGGGAACUGUUAGAAAUGUCAUGGACAUGAAAGCCGUUUAUGGAGGAUUUGCAGCGGCUCUAAGAGAAAUGAAAGUGUGGGUGAUGAAUGUGGUUCCGAUAGAUUCACCAGACACGCUAGCAAUAAUCUAUGAGCGAGGACUCUUCGGUAUCUACCACGAUUGGUGUGAAUCUUUCAGUACUUACCCGAGAUCAUACGAUCUUCUUCACGCCGACCAUCUUUUCUCCAAACUCAAACAAAGGUGCAAUCUGACGGCGGUUGUGGCGGAAGUGGAUAGGGUGUUGAGACCGGAAGGGAAACUGAUAGUGAGGGACGAUGCGGAGACGAUACAAGAAGUGGAAGCAAUGGUGAAAGCGAUGAAAUGGGAAGUGCGUAUGACUUUCUCAAAGGAAAAAGAAGGUUUGCUUUCUGUUCAGAAGUCAAUUUGGCGACCCAAAGAUGUAGAGACUCUCACUUAUGCUAUCGCGGAUUGAGUUAGAAGGAAAAAAAAAAAGACUCUUUUUGUACGUUAAACACACACAGUCUUGUAUUGUCGUAACUCCUCGUUAUCAUCGUCUCUCUUUUUCUUCUUUUAGGAAAUUUAAUUCGUUUAUUUUGUAGCGUCGAGUAUGAGUUGAGUCACUUGUUUGAGUAUUGCCACUUUUUCUCUUCGUCUAAGAUGAUGAACUUGAGUGAA